AUGUGCCGCCGGCCGGACGCGGCCGCGGUAAGGGCAGAGGCAAAGUUCGUGUCUGGCACGCCGUUUGUGGUGGACGGCUUCGGCGAGCCGCCGCGAGAGGGGCGGCUCUACUUCCUCACCCACUUCCACGCCGACCACUACUGCGGACUCAGCCGGCGAUGGCUUGCCGGCUCCUCUAGCCAGAUCGUCUGCUCGCACAUCACGGCGCGGCUGGUCGCGCGCAGGCUGGGCGUGCCCGAGGAGAAGCUGCGGCCGCUGCCGCUGCGCACGCCCGCGGCCGUCGGCGGCGGCGGCGUCUCUGCCACCGUCGAGCUGAUUGACGCCAACCACUGCCCGGGCGCCGAGCGCGUCUUCCUCCUCGCUGCGCGCAGCCUCGGCCUCCGCCUUCACGUCAGCGCCGCGCGCCUCGCCACCCUCUCCUGCCUCGACCUUCCGCGCGCCGACGUCGAGCGGCUCACGACGGACGCAUCGGCGACGCGCUGGGCUGUCGUGCCGAUGGGGCGAUCUCGCGUCAAUCUCGACCGCGUCAAUCUCGGGGCGAUCUCGGGGCGAUCUUGGGCGAUCUCGGGUAGGCACCUGCGCUUCGACCGCAUCAAGGCGAUGCUGCAGUCGAGCAACGGCCGGUUCACCGCCGCCGUCGCGUUUCGUCCGACCGGCUGGUGCGCCUCCUCGUCGGCGGCUGGAGCAGGCGCCGCCGGACGGACGCUGCGCGCCGGCGCGACGCGCAUCAUCGAGGUGCCCUACUCGGAGCACUCCUCGUUCGGCGAGCUGCAGGCGUGCGUGCGGGAGCUGCGGCCCGACCACAUCGUCCCAACGGUGGGCGAGGCGAAGGCGGCGCGGGCGGCGUGCGAGCAGCUGCGCGGCCCGAAGGCAGCCCCUGUCCAGGCCACCCUCGCAGCCAGCGCCGCCAGCGCACACAUCACAGUUUCGGUAGGUGAGUGUGGAGUGUAA